CUCAUGAUGCGCUCAUGUAUAUAGCCCCAAGACAAUUGUGCUGUCGGCGCUUUCUAUCCACCGACCGCACACGUUUUAGCCCGUCCAGCAUGGAGAGACGCGACUAUGCGGCGGCUGUCGCAGCCCUCAAUACGCUGCAGUCCAAUUUUUCCAUUGUGGACGCGAUCAGAAAGUCUGGUAAAGGGAUGAAUAAGCAAGCCAUACCCGAGAUGAUUGAGUGGUGCCGCAGAGUUGGGUAUGAGCCCUCCGAUUUCGAUCGAUUAAGGCCUAUCCACGUGGCCGGAACUAAAGGAAAGGGCUCCACGAGUGCAUUUAUAUCCUCUAUUCUUUCACAAUACCUCUCGCCUACCCAGGUCGAUACGAAGCCUACCAAAAUCGGCCUGUAUACCUCCCCGCACCUUCGAUUCGUUCGCGAGCGCAUACAGAUUAACAAUGAACCUAUAUCGGAAGAGAAGUUUGCAAAGUAUUUCUUUGAAGUAUGGGACCGACUUGAGGCUGCAGCGAGGGCCUCAGAUACUCCUCCGGACCAACCAACAAAGCCAGUGUACUUCCGCUAUCUAACGCUCAUGGCUCUUCACACCUAUCUGCAAGAAGGUGUGGACACGGCCGUGAUUGAGUGUGGUAUUGGUGGCGAAUACGACAGCACAAAUAUUCUGACAAGGCCGACGGUGACCGUUGUGACAAGCCUUGGCAUAGAUCACGUCGUGAUGCUAGGCUCUACUCUGCCAGAGAUUGCGUGGCAUAAGGCUGGAAUAUUUAAGACAGGUAGCUUAGCCUUCACUGCACCUCAAAAACAGCAAGCCAUAGCCGUCCUUCAGGAGCGAGCGGCAGAGAAGGCGCUAUCAAUCCACGUCGUCAGUCUCCACCCCGCCCUAGCCAAUGACGACGUCAAGCUCGGGCUCUCCGCAUCCUUCCAGAAGGUUAAUGCGUCCCUCGCCAUUGCCGUUGCUGCGGCGCAUUUGCGUGCUCUUGGCCAUACCUCCGUUCCAGACCCAAUAGUGUCGUCAAGCAUUGACUUACCUCCGGAGUUCAUCCGUGGGCUUGAACAAGUUCGCUGGCCCGGACGAUGCGAAGUUCGGCGUGAGAAGAAUGUAGCAUGGCAUAUCGAUGGCGGGCACACACUUGAAAGUAUCGAGGUCACGGGAACAUGGUUUGCAGAGCGCAUUACAUCUAAUUCGUCGGUGUCGACUUCAGGAAAGGAGAUACCGCCGCGUAUUCUCAUUUUCAACCAACAGACUAGAGAUGCAAACGAGCUAGCUCGGGCUCUCUAUAGUGCACUUCAAUCCGCCAUCAACUCUGGAAAGGAGGCACCUUUUAGCCACGCUAUCUUCACUACAAACCAGACAUUCGACGCUGGCUACAAGCCAGACUUGCUGUCCAUGAAUACAAACAAAGAGGAGGUCGAUGCGCUGGCUGUCCAGAGAGCACUCGCGAAGACCUGGUCCGACAUAGAUCCGACUGCUGACGUAAGUGUGCUGAAGACUAUCGAGGAGGCGAUUAGGGAAGUGAGAGCCAUUGCGGGCAAUUAUGUGAAGAAUGGAGAACGCGGCAAUGAUGAGGUCAUGGUCCUAAUCACGGGGAGUUUGCAUUUAGUUGGAGGUGCUCUUGAAGUUUUGGAGACUGGGGAUGCGCAUUGAACGGAGACCAGACGUGAUACCCUUGCGCUUCAACACGCGCGUGAAUAUGCCCCUUGGCUAAUUGCUUUCCCGAUAGAACAUUCCGAUGAAAUGUAGAAACCCCCGAGAUCAGAAUGAAC